AAUAGCGCUGUGUGCGCGUGGAGUGUGCACCUGUGGAGUGUGUGUGUGUGUGGCAUUUGACGUCUCUCUCAGGUAUGAAGUAUGGCUGCUGAUAUUGUGGCUCAGUUGAACCUGAUCUCAUCUCCUGCUCAUUUGUGUGCAAACCGGCUGAACCUGUCCUCCUGAGCAGUGUCCUGAACUAGCAAACAAGGUGAUUCAUUAAUAUCCGACUGAACAGUGAUAAUCUGAAGAGCCUGCUGCUUCUGCAUUCCUGUGUGCUUGUCCUACCAUGAGCAAUUCCACUCCAUCCACAGCUAAUGGCAACGAGAGCACAACGUAUAAAGGAGACCGAACGCCCUGUGGCCCCUCUCGAGUCCUUCACGUUCGUAAAGUUCCCAUUGAGGUCUCCGAGGCCGAGGUCAUCUCAUUAGGAAUCCCUUUUGGUAAAGUCACCAACCUGUUGAUGCUCAAAAGCAAAAACCAGGCUUUUAUAGAAAUGGCUUCUGAGGAGGCAGCGAUCACUAUGGUGAACUACUACACCACGGCCACGCCACAUGUCCGUAACCAGCCCGUCUACAUCCAGUACUCCAACCACCGUGAACUGAAGACCGACAACCUGCCCAACCAAGGGAGAACUCAGGCCGCUCUGCAGGCCGUCAACGCCGUUCACUCGGGGAACAUGACUCACUCAGCGUCGGCUGGCGACAGCAGCAUGAUGCCCGGUCAGAGUCCCGUCUUACGCAUCAUCGUGGAAAAUCUCUUCUAUCCGGUUUCUCUGGAAGUCCUUCACCAGAUCUUUUCGAAGUUUGGAACAGUCCUGAAGAUUAUCACAUUCACCAAGAAUAACCAGUUCCAGGCUUUGCUACAAUACGCAGAUCCUGUAAACGCACAUCAUGCCAAACUGACUUUAGAUGGACAGAAUAUUUAUAACGCCUGCUGCACCCUGCGUAUCGAGUUCUCCAAACUCACCAGCCUCAACGUCAAAUACAACAACGACAAGAGCCGAGACUUCACACGCCUCGACCUGCCUUCAGGAGAUGGACAACCCACGCUGGAGCCCACCAUGACUGCAGCGUUCGGGGCCCCUGGGAUCAUCUCCUCACCGUAUGCUGGAGCGGCUGGUUUCGCUCCUGUUGGUUUUCCUCAGGCUGCAGGUCUCUCCAUGCAGGCGAUGCCUGGUGCUCUUGGACCCCUCACCAUCCCCACGUCAGCUGUAGCUGGGCGGAUGGCCAUCCACGGCAUGCCCCCCACUGCCCUGCAUUCUGUUCUUCUUGUCUCCAACCUCAACCCUGACAGUAUAUCACCUCACGGGCUCUUCAUCUUAUUCGGAGUGUAUGGAGAUGUUCACAGAGUUAAGAUUCUGUUCAAUAAGAAGGAGAAUGCGUUGGUGCAGAUGGCGGAUGCGACGCAGGCGCAGCUCGCGAUGAGUCACCUGAACGGUCAGCGUCUGUACGGCAGGGUGAUGCGCGUCACCAUCUCCAAACACCAGACGGUGCAGCUUCCCCGCGAGGGUCAGGAGGAUCAGGGCCUGACCAAAGACUUCAGCGGGAGCCCACUGCAUCGCUUCAAAAAACCCGGCUCCAAAAACUUCCAGAACAUCUUCCCUCCGUCAGCCACACUGCACCUCUCCAACAUCCCACCCUCCAUUGCAGACGACAUGCUGAAGGAUCUGUUCGCUGGUUCAGGAUACACCGUUAAAGCGUUCAAAUUUUUCCAGAAGGACCGUAAGAUGGCGUUGAUCCAGCUGGGCUCGGUGGAGGAGGCCAUCCAGGCCCUGAUCGACCUCCACAACUACGACCUGGGCGAGAAUCACCACCUCCGAGUGUCCUUCUCCAAAUCCACCAUCUAGCAGUGCCCCUCCCCCUCCCCAGCCCCCUCCCUCAGCGCUGCUGCUCUUCUGUUCACGGGUUUAAAUCGGAGUGAAGACGCCUGACUGAUGAACUUCUGUAACUAAAGACAUGAUUAAAAAAACUUUAAUAAUGAAAAAUAGACAAAAACAAACAGAGACUUUGGGUAGUUUUAGAGAUUUUAGGGGUUUUAAAGUUCUAAGGAGUUACAGACUACUAUAUGACCUUCAGGUAGACAUGAACUGAAGGUGGCUUUAUUAUUAUUAUUAUUUUUGGGAGACGUGUGAGCUUCAAUUUGAUAGCGAUGAAGUUCCCGUUUCUGUUUUAUCUCUCGGCCAUUUCAGCACAGCCAUCACUGGCUGGUUUGAACAGAACUGCAGCAGAACCUUCCGAGAGAGAGAGAGAGAAUGAUCUCUAUUUGACUUUGUUGGCGAUGUUUGUGGACAUGGAUGACGACGUGCCUGUAGUGCUGUUUAACUGUUAACGUUUCACCCAGGUGCUCCAUCCAGCCUUCAGAACUGGAGCCUCAUUGGAUAGGCCAUACCCUCUUUGAAUGUCCAUGAUGUCAUCACAAGGUGCCGCCGGGUAAAAACCCUGUAGCGACGUUCCCUCACCAACGAGAGCUGUCUUUCACGUAGCAGGAGAGAUGGAUGGGGAACAGUUCAGACUCAUCACAUGCGCUCGGGAUCUGUGAAUACAUCCUGAAAGAUCUUCUGUUCUCCUGUGAAAUGGGAUUCGUUUUAAUUAAAAAAAAAUUUAAACGUCAAACAGACGAGACUGUUGUGAACCCUGCAUCGCCUGGUCCGGACCGCAUGGCCGCUCGCUUGCGUUCACCUGAGAUGUUUUUAUAGACAAGUAAACAUGCAGGAUCAUUCCAAGAAAGCACGUCCAGCUGUCAAUCAUGCUGGAACACUCCAAUCUGCAGAGCCUGGCUGUCAGGAAGCCCCGCCUCCUGUCAUUUAAAUGUCAUUUUGAAUGUGAAUCAUGUAGCCCCUCCCCCUCCCCAGAUGAACGAUGCUUUCUGGUUGCUUAUCGAUUCCCUCUCCACUCGAUGUCCCUCUUGUAAUCAAAUACUUUUAUUUUCCUUUAUGUUUUAUUUCCGGGUUGCAUUCUCAGAAUCGGAACGAGUCAAGCUGACCUGAUUCUGAUGCUUUUUUUUUCUUUUCUGUCUCUCUCACCUUGCUGUCCCACCUCCACACGUCUAAAACCAAAAUGAGGAAAGAAAAGUGAGAGGAAAGAGCGAGAGAGAGCGAGAGAGCACCUCUGAGGCGCAGGGAGAAAGCCGUCUCUACUGAAACCCUCUGGUUUGAAUCUCGUGUUCAUCGUGUGGUGAAAUGUGUUCGUGAAUUAAAUUAGGCCGUGGUUUCAGUCGAGGGGGCCGAAAAGUUAAAAUCUCAAGUUUUGAUGUGUAAAUCGUGAUAAAUAAACGUACAGGAACAAGAGCUUCAUCCUGGAGAGCCAGCAGUCUGUCGGGUUGCCAGGUCUGUGUUUUCCCAACUUUUUAAUCUCUUAGCACUGUUGAACCUUUUUGAAUCUGAUUGGUCAAAAGGUGUUGAUUACUGUUUCUAUAGUAACGCCUCGUUUGCAGGGAUUUAUACAUCGGAUGCUUCACAGAUCAAACGAUAAACAACAUGGUGACUUUUUUUUUCAGACUUUUUUGUGGUUUAUCAGGAGCAUGACAAGCUGCGUUUUUUUUUUUUUUAACUUCGAGAGGGAAAAAGUGAGACUGCUGAGGGAAUAACUUCUUUAUAGCUGCUGUAACGUAAGUGAAUUGUUUCACAAACAUUAAAUGUAACUGUAAAUGGAUUUUUUUUAAAAAUGGAGGUUCUUUAAUAAAUUAGAAUUCUAAUGGUUGGAAAACUGCUGCAGUGUAAGAGGAAUAAAACAAUCUGGAAUGCGCGUAGGUUUUAUAAGAAUGGGCUUUGGUGGCGAGGCAUUGAAGCUCAAUGUUUUGUUAAUUUUUUUGCGCACAAUUUUAAGAUCAAAAUGACCACAGAUCGCAUUCUUGGAGUUUCCGUGCAUGAAAGGCUUAACAUUAAAAUAAUUUCUGUAAACCCCCACACUUCAACUUCACUCUGUUUUUUGCAUAGUGUCAUGUGGGCGGAGCCUUGUGAAGCUUGUGAUUGUUCCUGAUUGGACCAGAGGAAAAAAAGCCAAAUGAUUUUCUGAUUUCAUCGUUUGCACCUGGCAACCCUUCCUCUCGUCACACCCUCCUGAUUUACACAGAACUCCAGAUCAGGAGCCUUCGGUUAGAUUAAAGAUCAGACUGCUGGUUCUCAGGACACAAGAUCGGACUCAUACUCGAGCCUUAAAGUUCUAUGGAGGUGCUCUAGAUGGCGCUGCUCCUUUUCCUGAGUAAUUUCCUGGCCUGUUUUUUGUUUUUGUUUUUUUCCCCCCAGGCUGUGUUCCACAAAAAGGAAGAUUUAUCCAAAAAAACCCAACAAAUCAUUAAUUCAGCUUUGAGACAAAAUGAAACGCAGGGCACGGGACAGCGUUUUUUUUUUUGUUUGUUUGUUUGUUUGUUUUUUUAAAGUUAACUUUAAUUUUACCUGAAGCGGUUGAUUCCACUCUUCUCUGACGCUUCUCAAAAGAAAUACAGUUUUUCUUUGAAGUUUACAGUCUUACAUAAAGCGAAACUAUUCAGGUCUAUUUAUCUUUAACGAUUGUCAAGAUUUUUUGGAGAAAAAAAGAAGUUACUUAUUUUUGGUAAUUUGUUCUUUUUUAUGGAGAGAAACAAAACAAAAUGAGAAAAAAAAUACACUUGCCGGGUUUUUGUACCACUAUAAUCAUUCAUGACAUGGUGAAAAGAAAAAAAAAGUCAUAUUUACUGUGUAUUUACUUCAUUUUCUUAUUAUGUGCCUUAUAAUGUGUUUAUAAUCAAAAUAGGUUUUAGAAAUAUUACCGAAGAUAUCUUAAGUACUAUUUUGUGCAGUUGGUGAGAGGGUUUAUUAUUUGAUUUUUAUUUGGAGCUUUUUGUUUUCUUGUAGGUUUUUUUAGAUGUGUGUUUCUGUGGGGACUCAGUAUUGUGUGCUGUUUUUAUUUGAAUCAUAAAUUAAUGUUUGGUGCUUUGAAGGCACACUGGAGAAACGAGAAUGAAUGGUUUGGUGUAAAAAUGCUUGGUGUUAUGCUAUGGGUCUCCUCCGUGUGUGUGUGUGUGUGUGAAAGAGAAUCUCAGCUCGUUGUCUCUUCAUGAUGAAAUGCUGUGAAAUGAAGAUCGUGACUCCCUGAUGGUUCCUGUGUGAGGAUGUUGAAUCCAUCUCUCUCUAAAUCUGGUGCUUAAAAGAACUUUGUUCACUUUUCCCUAAAAUCACAUGAUUUGUUUAAAAUGUAUUUAGAAUUCACGAGCAUGUAAUUACAUUUAACAGUUGAGCGCAAAACUUUGCAGAUCUUACCAAGAAGGAAAAAAAUACAACAAUCAGCAACAAUCUUAAACACAAAACGAUAUUAAACACAAGACGCAGCCAGAUAUUAAAUCUUUCGGCGAGGAGUUAUAAAGGCAUCACAUUAAGAAAGGGGGCACAAACUUUUGACCUGACAUUUCACUAUUAAUAUCUUACUCUUAACCUGCACUUUUUGACCUCAUGGUGAAGGAAUGAGUGUGAAACCCAGAACACUAUUCGACACUCAGGGUCUGGUUUAGUGACGCCAGUGUUUGUGAGGAAAGUUGCUGGUGUUCAGAGUUGAGUUCUGCAGCUGAUCUGAGCUCCACAUUUAGAUUCUUAAAAUCGCUUGUUUUGUUCACAUCUGCGACACGUUCAAAGAAACUUUAACUUCAUGAAUCAUUUCAUCCAUAAAGUACUCACUCCUCUGCUGUCCUCUGUGUAAAAAUAAACCCGUUUCCGGACUUUAAGGUGACACGUUGGCCUUUGAGUUUGCAGCCAAAACCGCGUCACACACUGUGCUUCCAUCAGACAGCGUGGCGCUGGACUCAACGCUGCUCCUCACUCACUCGGGCCGAAAUCACACAACAGACUGGGCUUCGGGCUCAAGGUCAGACUUCCAGUGUAACUUUUAGACACGCCUCUAUUUUAAACAAACUCCGCCCACAUCUGUGUAUAACUCUCACAUGAUUUCUGAAAAUCUGGAGUUAAAGGUUUAAAUUUCAGGAUUAAAUCCUCACUGAGUGCUUUAUACUGGACUCUGAACACAGCCAUAAAGAAAUUGCUAUACAUUUCAACCAUAAGGGGGCACAAACUUUCGCAUUCAACUGUAUGUUGGCCCAGUAAGCGCUCUGAAUAUUGACAGGUUCUGGAUCAGAUAAACAGAACCUGACUGGAUUAUAGGAUGCUGUCUGUGGUGAUGUGGAUUAAAUGAGGUGAUGUUCAGAGUUUUAGCAUCUCGUACAUUAUGGAACGCGUCAUUUCCUGUUUAAUACAGAGAGAGAGAGAGAGAUGGUGGAGGGGGGAUAUUACACAGUGGUGUGAGGAUAUGAAGUUUAUCUUGGAGUGGUGAACAGAUUCACAAGUGAAUGUUCUUUAUAUUAUUUGGACGCAUCCACAAAAAUACACAAGGUAAUCAAAAGAAUAUCAAUUUUGAACUGGUUGACCAUUUUAACUGCGCGCGCCCAGUCAGCGGGAAAACACUGGGAGUGACGUCAUUGGAGUGAAGUAUCGGGAAUUACGUCACUCAGAUCCGUGAGGUGUUUCGUCUGAAAAAUGUGAGUUUUUCAACAUGAGAAGAUAAACUUCACAUCUUUAAGCCAGCGUGUGAUUUUGUUUUUACUGUAUCAGCACAUUCACAACCACGCAGUCCCCGAAUUUAUCACAACGGCUCCCUGAGUUCCGUCCGGGGGCCCCGGGUCUGGUUCUCCCUGAGUUCCGUCCGGGGGCCCCGGGUCUGGUUCUCCCUGAGUUCCGUCCGAGGGCCCCGGGUCUGGUUCUCCCUGAGUUCCGGCUGGGGGCCCCGGGUCUGGUUCUCCCUGAGUUCCGUCCGGGGGCCCCGGGUCUGGUUCUCCCUGAGUUCCGUCCGGGGGCCCCGGGUCUGGUUCUCCCUGAGUUCCGUCCGGGGGCCCCGGGUCUGGUUCUCCCGGAGUUCCGUCCGGGGGCCCCGGGUCUGGUUCUCAGUGUCCUGGAUGGAGCUCGGCUUAGAAAUAGCAGCGGUGAAUUUCACACUAAAACACUUGCGUCCAGAUCAUUUCUGCAGUUCUGUGCAAAAGUCUUAGAGACAUGUAAAGAAAUGCCGGAGACCAAAAAUGGCUUUAAAAAAAUAAUGAAAUGUUUCAACUUUAAAAAAAAAAUACUACAAACAGUAAUCAGUGAGCCAUAAUAAAUGAAACAAAGUCAGUAUUUGGUGUGAGACGACCCUUUGCUUUAAAAAAUAUAUAUAUAAAUCCGUCUGAGGUCCAGUGAGUGCAGUUUGAUGUGGAAAUGAUGUGUAGGUUUUCCUGAGCAUCUUCCAGAACCAGCCCCAGUUCUUCUGGACUCUUUGACUGUCACACUCACUUCUUCAUUUUACACCAAAACCCAGCAGCCUUCAUUAUGCUUUCUUUUUUCAUCUGAAAAGUCUCUUAUGGAAUAUACUGCUCAGAUACAAACUUUUUUUCUUUAACAUUUAAUUUUUUGCUGGAAACGAACAUUUGGACUCUAAAAUGUUUUUGUACUGACUCGAUAAUGUAGAAAUCAUAAAAUAGAAAUCUAUAGCAAAGUCUGGAUGAAAAACAAUAGGGGGCCGAAGACUUUUGCACAGGACUGUGUGUGUGUGUGUGUGUGUGUGUGUGUGUGUAAUAAAAUAUUGUAUAUGAGAUGAAUUAAUGUGUCUGGAGAAUCCCACAGCAUUCAGCAGCUAAUUUCUGAUGUUUCUGAGAAACCUGAGCUGUGUGUGUGUUGGACUUAUUUACUGUAUCUUAUAAUCCGAUUGAUUUUAGAGGGUGUGGCCUGUUUUGUGCUCUGUAGUGAUUUUUUUUUCUUUAUAUUUUUCCCUCUUAUUUGUAAGGAUAUGAAACUGGAUAAAGAUUGCUCGGGGUGUGUGUGUGUGUGAGAGAGAGAGAUGAGAAGAAGAAAGCUGGGUUGAUGAUGAUGAUGAUGAUGAUGAUGGAGUGAGCAGUGUGAUGCUGUAUCUGUAAAAGCUUUUCAUUUAUAAACAGGAGAAAAAGCCAGACUUGUGAAUUUUAACGUGGCACUAAAAGCAGUUCACUCUGAUUCUGAUUACGUUUUCUCUCCACCACACUUAUGUCUUUAAUUUAAAGUUGUUGUUGUUUUCCACAGCUAUAACUCAUGUUCAGUCUUGUCUUUCAACUCAGGCAACGCGUCGUCCUGCCGUGACGUCAGACCCGUUUCCUGUUCAGAUCCACCUUCAGUUUGUUUUUAAUGGGUUUUAUACUGAAAUUAAACACAAAUAACGCAGGACCAAAGUUUAUGUGCCUUUCAUCCAUCUAUUGAGCUUCUUUGUAACUUUUUCUUCCUGGAUGUUUCUCAGAAAUCAGAACCAACAUUGUGAUGUUUUGUUUUCUUUUCGCGUUGUUGUUGUUGUUGUUGUUCCAAUUCCACUGAAGUGUCUUUGUUUUUUUAACCUAUUUCCCCUCAAACAGAAGGUGAAGCCAUAUAACACAUCAGAAUAUCAUCAUAUCAGAUCCUUUCCCCCAUUAACGAGUUCCUGCACUGAUGCUGAAUGUUUCGUCAUUCCAUGAAAUUUGUCGUAUUUUUCCAAAAGUUUCAUUCGUUACAUUUAAGAUUUACAUUAAAAGAAAAAGAACCAUAACUGGUUAAAAUUUCAUCUCAUUUUUACGCAAAUUUAAUUACGAAAGCUUUAUUAUUACCAAAGGAAUUGGACUCUGAUUGGACGGAUUUGAUCUGUUGAGUUCUGAAGGGCCGGAAGCAAGAAAAUGCGGUUUUAUAAAUAAUUGUGUUCCGGGUGCGAUGGGUAUUGGCUCUUACCCCAAAACCUCAGCAGCUUCUGUGGUUGGAGUAUGUAUUAAUGAAUUAAUUAAAGAUCACCUGCUGUAACUCGGGAGUUUUUUCUUGCCACAGGUUUGCUCGUUGGGGAUAGAUUAGGGAUAAAGUUAGUUCAUGUUUAAAGUCAUUAAAAUUCUGUAAAGCUGCUUUGCGACAAUGUUUAUUGUUAAAAGCGCGAUACAAACAAACUUGACUUGCUGUAGGCGGGAUCUUGUUAGUCAUGAAUAUUAAUUAAGGAAUAAAUAAUGAGACUCCAGUCAUGAUGAAUGGUGAAGCAUGCUUUGCUUCAUUACUGAUUUUAUGGAACAUUGUGAUGUAAAUGAGGGGAAACGAACAGAAAGUUUAUUCACAUGCAAAAAGUGACUUCUGUUGCACUUGAAAAAGGUUUUAAGCUCUUUCCAAGCUUAAAGUUUCAGCCAUCUUGACUUUUUUUUUUUCCUCCUAUAUUCUCCCCUUUUUUUUGUCUCUAAUCUGGGUUACAGUUUUUUUUUUUCUUGUCCACUGAAAUUGUAAAUUAUUUUGCAGUAAAAGGGAGGGACGUAAAAAUGAAACUCAGCUCAGGCACUAUGCACAGAGAGAAAGUGCCUGCAUCCGACCUCAUGACCCUCACCUCGCCUUGAAAAUCCUGUAUUUAUAACUUCUAUGAAUAUUAAUAUGAAUGUUCCACUACCAAACAAACAAGUGUUUGUAAAUAUGUGCUCCCUUUGUUUGUUUGUUUGUUUGUUUGUUUAAACCUGGCCAAAAAAAGAGAGAAAAAAAUCAACAAAAAUUAAAAGGUUUCUGGGAACAAGAUACAACACAUCAGUUGAUAUGAACUGGUUUUUAUAUUUAUGAAAAUUCAACAUGUUUUUUGUCUUCUGUAUUUUGAUAUUGCAGCAGGACCAGCUUUUUAUUUGUAAAAGUUGUUUGUGAGGAAAACGAUGGAGAGACGAGCGGAUUCAGUUUGAGUUUGAUGUAAUAAAAUGCAAAUAGAAGAUUAAACUAUUAAAGAAACAUAUUUUCUAA